AUGAUGUUCGCCAGAAGUCGCUCUCUUAUUACUUACCCGUACACUUUGAAUGGCUCUAAUUUGAUUCCUGUUUAUUCUGGCAUUUGUGAUCUGAACUUUACUUUUACUUCUUUUCUUUGUUCUCGCGCCCACAUCGAUAAAAUUACUUGCAAAGCUCUAGAGGUAUUGGGUUUCGUUAAAAGAAUAUCUGGUGAUUUUAAACCCACCACCUCUCUUAAAUCCAUCUAUUGUGCACUUGUACGGCCAAUCAUUGAAUAUGGGAUCCUCAAACAGCUGAUGCCUGUUUACAACUAUAACGGGUUCAUCAUAAAUUUUUAUGCUUUAUGGAACAUGCCUUGA